AUGAGACAACAACAGCCAUAUUUCAUAAGACCUCCUAAUCUUUCUUCUCGUCACUCUACAAAUAAGAUAAGCUUUCUAAAUAAAGAAGAUACCCCAUCGAACAGUUAAGGAGUUCGAAGAAAAACACCCAUUAUUGCCCAACCAUUACAUUCGCCUACACAUUUCAAAGAUUUGUAAUUGUAUUAUACAUAUGAAGACAUCGUAUUAAUCCAAUUAAACGUAUUCCAACAUUAAAUUCACCAUUACAUGAUGGAUCCAUAUCAAAAUAUAAAAUUAUAAACGAUUUAUCAGUUUAUAAAUUACCAACAACUAGAAGAAUCAAAUCUGAUGAUUAAACCACUAAUAUUAUACCUGUAAAAAAAUAAUAGAGUUAACAUAUCAAUAAUAUUAAAUUGCGAACUGAUAGAAGAAAAAAUUUUACUCCCUUAAUUAAAAUGAAAACAGAACCUAAUGAAAUUGCGACACAUUCCAUUUCUAAAUAAGAUGAGUCUUAAGAUAUUUUAUUUCGUCUUCAUAAAUAAUCAAUUCCUUUAGAACCUAAAGAUAAAUUUGCUUCAAUUUUGGGAGAUAAAAUUGUUAGCAGCAUCAAAAAAAUUGAUAAAAAGACUGAAAAUUUUAUAGAAUUAGAAUAAGAUAGUUAAUUCUUUUUAGAAACUAAAGAAAAUAAGAAAAAUAAAGAAAUUCCUCCUUUGAGUCAAUAAACAAAAGAAAGAAUUUUAGAUUUACUUUGUUUGUCUACAUAAGAUUUAAAGAAGAAAUUUGCUGAAUAAAGUAGAGUAGGGAAUUCAAAAAUUAAUACAAGGUAACCAAACAAAUUAGUCAUUCCUAAAACAGGCAAAUCUAGGUUUCCUUUAGAUUUCUUUAAUGCUCUCCUACCUAAUUCUAUUCUUAAUUGA